AUGAGAAAUUAUAGAUUUUUUAUUGUGGUUACUGUAGUUUUUCUGUUUGUAUAUUUACUGAACAGUCAAAACUACACUCAAUUAUCGUUAAUUGGUGCUUAUGUUUAUCCCACCUACAUUUCAAUCACAAUAAAUUCACAAUCAAUGGUCAAACAGCCGGUAUACUGUAGAUAUUACGAUUGUCAAAGGAAUGAACUUUUGGGGUCGCACUGGAAAAGUACAGUAUUCCCAGAAUCUGUAGUUCAUUGUCCAAGAAGGAUAGGGGCCGAGUUUGUGUCAAUUUCAAGGGAGAUGGAUGACAGAGCACCAACUCCAAUGAGACUCAAGUUUCGAAUUUUUGAUAGCUUGUCUGCUCGAAAGCUGGAAUUCGUUGGGUCCCGUCUCAAAUCAAUUUUUUGGAGAUUCUUCAACAUUUUGGAUCUUUCGAUGUUGACGUCAAGCAAACGAUGUACGAUCUUAUUGAGAAAAUUUCCGGACAUGGCUCUUCUGUUAUCCUUUUAG